AUGCCUAUUGGUGUUCCAAAAGUCCCUUUUCGUAGUCCCGGGGAGGAAGAUGCAGUUUGGGUUGACGUAUACAACCGACUUCAUCGCGAAAGAUUACUUUUUUUAGGCCAAGAGGUUGAUAGCGAGAUCUCGAAUCAACUUAUUGGUCUCAUGGUAUAUCUCAGUAUAGAGGAUGAUACCAGAGAUCUGUAUUUGUUUAUAAACUCUCCCGGCGGAUGGGUAAUACCCGGAAUAGCUAUUUAUGAUACUAUGCAAUUUGUGCCACCAGAUGUGCAUACAAUAUGCAUGGGAUUAGCCGCUUCAAUGGGAUCUUUUAUCCUGGUCGGAGGAGAAAUUACCAAACGUCUAGCAUUCCCUCACGCUUGGGUAAUGAUACACCAACCUGCUAGUUCUUUUUAUGAGGCACAAACAGGAGAAUUUGUCCUGGAAGCGGAAGAGCUACUUAAACUCCGUGAAACCCUCACAAGGGUUUAUGUACAAAGAACGGGAAAGCCCUUAUGGGUUGUAUCCGAAGACAUGGAAAGGGAUGUUUUUAUGUCAGCAACAGAAGCCCAAGCUCAUGGAAUUGUUGAUCUUGUCGCGGUCGAAAAUGGCGGUGAUUUCACGUAAACCCGCGAUUCCAUUUCGAACCAUAACAUAGUUCAAAUGAACCGAACCUUGCUUUGAUAUUUUAUCUUCUUACCGGGGUAAAGUAAAAUAUUAUAGGAAAUGGGAGUAAUUCGUAAUCAUCCGGUUAGGAUCGAUCUAAACCAGCCCCAUUCUAUUCUGUAUACGAUUCAGCAUGCCAACUAUUAAACAACUUAUUAGAAACACAAGACAGCCAAUCAGAAAUGUCACGAAAUCCCCCGCGCUUCGGGGAUGUCCUCAGCGCCGAGGAACCUGUACUAGGGUGUAUGUGUGACUCGUUCAAAUUAGGAUAGAAUCGAAAAGCCCUAUUCACUAUCUAAAACUAAAAGUCAAAGGCAAAAGAUCUAUCAUAUACCUCUAUUCUGUAUGAAAUUUAUGGUUUCCAUUGGUGCAAAUCCAAUCACCUCCAUUUGAGAUGAGAAGCAAUUCCCCAUUGGUAGCAAAUGGUUAUCCAUUAAGCGGGGAAAUAAUAUUUAAGAUUAAGAAGCAGAAGAAUUAUGCUCCUACUCUUGCAAGAACGGACUAACAGGGUCAGCUACCUAGCCAACCUUCAUAAUUAAAUGCCGUUACUGUAUAGGUAGAUCUCAUUGUGAAAAGACCUAAUUACUGGAUAAUUCAUGGGUAGAGCCAAAGGGUGUGAACUGUACAAGUUACCAAUAAUAUUCAUUAAAUGAGGGAAGGGCUCCGGCGUAUAGAGGGGACCUCACCGUUUAAGAAGUAACCAUAGAAACGAUGGAACCCACUAAUUUUUUUAUCCAUUUAGAUACAAUUAUUUUCUUUCUUAUUUUUUUUUUUUUUUGAUACCUAGUAUUGAUAGAAUUUUGUAUUUCGAGGAGAAAUGUUUGAAAAAAAAUCGUGGUUGGGAAGGUCAUAGUAGCAAAAGCUAUUGGAAUUUUUAUUUUAUACAUCGGAAGAAUCCGUUUUGUUAUUAAUAGACCGGAAGAAGGGAAAAGAAUGACUGAA